GCGUGCCUACGACGUAAGACGCUAAGGAGAAGGACCGAGGAAUAGGUGGGAGUCCUCUAGUAUAUUACCACUCAGUUGAGUGAUGAUGAGCACAGUCAGACAUGGCAAGAAAUCAAAUAAGCAUAUUAACGCUUCUAGUGAUAGUUGCUGUUGCUCAAGCAACUUAUUAUGAUCAAGAUGGUUGGAGAUAUCCUCGAUAUGUAUCAAGCAGUAGCUCGUCAUCAAGUUCAUCAAGUAGUUCAAGUGGAGUUGGUGGAAAAAGCCAAACAAAAACUGAUACUCAUGUAAUUGGUGGCGGUGUUGCUGAUGCUAAUGCCAAAGCUACGAAUGAUGGAGUUAUUUUUGAUGAUGGAGGAUACGGUGGUGGUCAUGGAGGCUUUGGACAGGGUGGUUACGGUGGGGGACAAGGAGGAUAUGGUGGAGGUGGCCUUGGUCAUGGUGGAGGUGCCGGUGCUGGUGCUGGAGGACAUAGUGGUGGUGGUGGCUUUGGUCAUGGCGGUGGUGCCGGUGCUGGAGGACAUGGUGCCGGUGGCAUAGGUGGAAGUAUUGGCGGUCUUGGCGUUGGAGGAUCUGGUGGUUUUGGAAUUGGUGGAGCAAAAAGUGGUGGUGUAGCUGGUGGACAGUCUGGUAGCUAUGGAGCUGGCUAUGGUCAAGCUUCCAGUGCAGGAGGAUCAUCUGGCAGUUAUGGAGGAGGUUUCGGAUCAAUUGGAUCAGGUGGUAGUCACUCUGGAAGUGUGGGAGGUACUUAUGGCCAAGGUGGUGGUCAUUCUGGAAGUACAGGAGGUACUUAUGGCCAAGGUGGUGGUCAUUCCGGAAGUGCAGGAGGUGCUUAUGGUCAAGGUGGUGGUCAUUCCGGAAGUGCAGGAGGUGCUUAUGGCCAGGGUGGUUCUAUUGGUGGUGGUUUUGGAAAAGGAGGUUCUACUGGAGGUGGAUACCCAGCAGGUGGCAAUUUCGGUGGAGUUGGUGGUGGACAUUCUGGUGCUGGUGCUAAUGCUGGCGCAGCUGCCAGUGCUAGUGCUAACGCUAAUGCAAAAGCCGGUGCAGCAGGAGGUGGAAGUGGUGGAGCUGUCCCACUUGGACCUUCAAUUCCAGUUGGCCCCUCUAUCCCUAUUGGAAAGUACCCUGCACCAACUGGUGGUGUAUCUACCGGACCAAUUCAACCAAUUGGUUCUACUGGUCAUGGCAGUGUCGGGGGCGGAUAUGAGCAAGGAGGUUACCAAUCAGGAUACCAGCAAGGAGGAUAUCAAUAUGGAACCUAUCAACAAGGAGGAACUAAACAAGGUGGCUACCAAGGCAAUUAUGGUGGCGGAAAUGGAUUAGGAACUGGACAAGGAGGUUUCGGGACUGGUCAAGGAGGUUUUGGAACUGGUGGUGGAUUUGGAGUUGGCCAAGGCGGUGGUGUAGGAACUGGAUCUGCUGGAGCUGGUGCUCAUGCUGAUGCUAAAGCUAGUGCUAACGCUAAAGCAGCUGGUCAAGCUGGAGGCGUAGGAGGAGUGGGUGGAGGAGCAGGUGGUUAUAAUCAAGGUCAAUAUGGUGGUGGUUAUAAUCAAGGCGGAUACAGUCAAGGUGGUUACAGUCAAGGCGGUUAUGGUCAAGGUGGUUACGGGGGUGGAAUCGGCGGCAAAGUCAUCGAUCCAUGCUUUGCCCCUCAAAGCAUAGCCUGUGCUGAGUCUCAAGGUCGAGUACCUGGAGGAUUCGGUGGUGGUAAUGUAGGAGGAGGUAGUGGAGGACAUUACGGAAGUGGCGGAAGUGGAGGUGGACAAUACGGAAACGUUGGUGGAGGUCACUUAGGGGGUAGUGGUGGUCAUCUAGGAGGUGGUGGUGGCCACUUAGGAGGCACUGGAACUGGUUCCGCCAACGCCAAUGCUAAUGCCAAUGCCAAUGCCAACGCAAAUGGUGGAUUAGCAAGUGCCAAUGCAAACGCAAACGCCAAUGCUAACGCUCAUGGUGGUCUGGCAAAUGCAAAUGCUAAUGCAAAUGCAAACGCAAACGCAAAUUCUAAUAAUAAUUCUAAUGGUAUCGGACUCUUUUCACGUAUUGGUGAAGAUGGUGGAGAAGGCACUGGCAGUGACAACAUCAAGAAAACACCGGAAGUAAAUAAAAGUGGAACUGUCGAUGGUGCCAAAGGUGUUUACAGCAGUAGUUCAUCGAAAGUCGAUGAAAAAGGAAAAGGAACUUACCAUGUUGAAGCUGGAAAAAUUAAUUAGUUCAAUUGUCUAACUAAACAGUAAAUUUAAUGCCAUAAUUACUGAUAAGACGAAUAAAAAAAAAGAUUGUUAAA